AAACCGAAGCCUACCAAGUUAGAAAUGAUCAAAUCCCAUGUUACUGCAGCAUGGGUUAUUCAAAUGCACACCUACCUACAUGGGAGACCCUUCCCUUUCACAUAUCAUCAAGUAUCCAUUGACUGGGCAGGACACCAUUCAAUUUCAAUAGCGUCCAAGUGGAUGAGGGUUGGUGAAACACAGCAUUUCUUAUGAUUAUAAAUACAAACCUCAAUACCCAACUUUGGCCAGCCAGCUCCAAGCACUUGUGCUCCUACAAUUUCACUUCUCUUUCCUUCUUCAACUUUUAAGCUUCGAUUUCAGUAGUCAUCACACACAAUCAAUGGCGUCUGUGGAGGAAAUUAGAAAUGCUCAGCGUGCCAAGGGUCCGGCCACCGUUCUAGCCAUUGGCACAGCUACCCCGGACAACUGUCUGUACCAGUCUGAUUUCGCCGAUUACUAUUUUCGGGUCACUAAGAGCGAGCACAUGACCGAGCUCAAGAAGAAGUUCAACCGCAUCUGUGAUAAAUCCAUGAUCAAGAAGCGUUACAUUCAUUUGACCGAAGAAAUGCUUGAGGAGCACCCAAACAUUGGUGCUUAUAUGGCUCCAUCUCUUAACAUACGCCAAGAGAUUAUCACUGCUGAGGUACCCAAGCUUGGUAAGGAAGCAGCAUUGAAGGCUCUUAAAGAGUGGGGUCAGCCUAAAUCGAAGAUCACCCACCUUGUAUUUUGUACCACCUCAGGUGUAGAAAUGCCUGGUGCAGAUUAUAAACUCGCUAAUCUUUUAGGCCUCGAACCAUCUGUCAGAAGAGUGAUGUUGUACCAUCAAGGGUGCUAUGCAGGUGGAACUGUUCUUCGAACAGCUAAGGAUCUUGUAGAGAAUAAUGCAGGAGCACGAGUUCUUGUGGUAUGCUCUGAGAUCACUGUUGUUACAUUUCGUGGUCCUUCCGAAGAUGCUUUGGACUCUUUAGUUGGCCAAGCCCUUUUUGGUGAUGGGUCUGCAGCUGUAAUUGUUGGAUCAGAUCCAGAUAUCUCGAUUGAACAACCACUCUUCCAGCUUGUUUCAGCAGCACAAACAUUUAUUCCAAAUUCAGCAGGUGCUAUUGCCGGCAACUUACGUGAAGUGGGUCUCACCUUUCAAUUGUGGCCUAAUGUGCCUAGUUUGAUAUCUGAAAACAUAGAGAAGUGUUUGACUAAGGCUUUUGACCCAAUUGGUAUUAGUGACUGGAAUUCCUUAUUCUGGAUUGCUCAUCCCGGUGGCCCAGCUAUUCUUGACGCAGUUGAAGCAAAACUCAGUUUAGAUAAACAGAAACUCAAAGCAACAAGACAUAUUCUAAGUGAAUAUGGGAACAUGUCGAGUGCAUGUGUCUUGUUUAUUUUGGACGAGAUGAGAAAGAAAUCGCUCAAGGAAGGAAAGACAACCACAGGUGAAGGAUUGGAUUGGGGUGUUUUGUUUGGCUUUGGGCCAGGCUUGACCAUUGAGACCGUUGUACUACAUAGCGUUCAAAUGGAUUCAAACUAAGUGAAAUGAUAGGAAAAACCAUUCACGAGCCAUGUUCUAUUAAUCAAAUAUUGGUAGUAAAGAUAUAUCACCAUGAAAUCAUCUUUACUCAGAAUUUAUUAUUUGUUAUUUAUCGUUGUUGGAGGACUUUUUCAGAGACCUCAAGUUAAAAUCCUUGUUUAUCCUUGUGUAUGUUAUCAAAAUGAAAGAAAUAAUGGAUUUCUAUUUUGUUUAGGCAUGCAA